GAAGGUUGAGCAACAAGCAGUCGUUGUUGCCAGAACAGGAGAGCCAGACUAUCUCCUUUGAACACUCAGGAGUGGAAGUGCAGUUGAGACAGAGGGAAGGAAGCCGGUGGAUGUUUUGGAGAGUUUGCUUAUCUGACACUGACAAGAGAAGCUGAAUGAGGAAACAGAGAGAAACAUGGAAAGAGCAUUAGCUCCGGUGCAUUUACAUAGGAAGCAUGGGGUAGAGAAUCACCGGCUGUCCUGAGCGAAACAGGACGCAGAGGUAGACUAACCGGUCAACUAUGUCUGUUCUGCCCAAAGAAGAAGGAGAGAGAGCCGAGGGAUCGUAACACUGGAGCUCAAGGAUAAACCAUGGACUCUGCAUACAUCCCACCACACCUGGACGUCCACCAUGUUCCCUGCUAACCUCCUGCUCCUCAUGGUCCUGCUGCUACCUCAAGCCUCGUCUGGUCGCCAGGGUGGAGACAACAAUGAGAUCGACCACGACGGCUCCCCCCUGGAGCCAAGCCUGGCACAGACCAUACAGAGUCUCCUCUUGAGUCGCCUCGGCCUGCAGUCCCAGCCGGACCCGAAGCCCGGCGUGCAUGUACCGGGGUACCUUUUGGAUCUGUAUCGUUUCCACCAGCAGCAGUACCACCUUCUGGAGGAUCCAUCCUUCAGCUUCCCGAGCCGACACAUCGAGCAGGCCAACACCGUACGCAGUUUUCACCACACUGAGCCCCUCGCGGCUGAGGAUCAAAAGGGGGUGCACAUCUCCUUCAAUAUCUCGUCCAUCCCGCAGGAAGAGAAGGUGCUCUCGGCUGAACUUAGACUCCGCCGCAGUGCCAGGGCCUCGCUGGGCUCGGGACCUCACAUAUUGAACCUUUACCUCUCUAGUGACCAGAAGAACCCUGAGCGCUCUCUGCUAGAGACGCGACUGCUGAGCAGCGACCUAAGCGGAGAGGAGGGACGUAGCCUUUGGGAAGCUUUCAGUAUAAGCGCAGAGCUCCUUCACAAAGCGCUGGAUGGAGCUGGUCACCUGGGCUUCCUGCUGGAGGUCAGUCCAGGGAACAGCUCGGCUUCGCUGAAUGACCAGAGCCGUAGCGCUGUUGAAGAGGGAGAUGGACACAAACAGGGACAUCUGAGGGUGUGUCGCUCCUUGGGCCAGAAUGAGCACAGCUGGGCCGAGGAGAGGCCCCUCUUGGUGACGUACACCCACGAUGGCCGUGGAGCGCCUUUGGUCACACACAGCCAGAGGAAGUCCAGCGGCGGGCAGAGAAUGCGAGGGAGAAAAAUGACAAAAGACAGAAGAAGCAGCCAAAACAGCAGUCGAAACCAAAAAUAUCAAGAUAUUCCCACUUUGGAAGGUGAUCAAGGAGCAGCCAGUUGGAGCGGAAGGGUCAAAAGGAACGGGGGUCGUGCGGCCAAGCUGAAGCGUCUUUCCAGAAACAGGUGUCGGCGCCAUCCACUCUAUGUAGAUUUUAACGAUGUAGGGUGGCACAAGUGGAUCAUCGCGCCCAGCGGCUACGACGCUUUCUUCUGCCUGGGAGAGUGUCGCUUUCCUCUGGCCGACCACAUGAACUCCUCCAGCCACGCCAUGGUCCAAACCCUGGUUAACUCUGUCAAUGGAGCGGUGCCGCGGGCAUGCUGCGUCCCCACCUCCUUGAGCCCAAUCGCCCUGCUCUACUUGGACCCUCAAGAUCGGGUGGUGUUGAAGAAUUACCAGGACAUGGUGGUGGAGGGCUGCGGCUGUCGAUAGCUGACGAAACCAUACUUUAGUAUGAUGGGUGAAAUAGUCGACGGUGAGACUGGUAACAGACUGGCAGGGCAAAUGUAGCAGAAGAGCAAUAAGAAAAGACAGUAACUCAUUGAUGAAACACUUAAGAAAAAGGGAGACAGUAAAAAAAAAAAACAACUGAACCUUACGAAUUCCUCAUACACUCGAAUGACAACUAGCCAGUAUUGCACCAUUUGCUUUCGAGCACCAGUGACAGGCUAGCAUCUGAACAUUAGCAUAUGGUUAGCACUGAAACGCCAUCACCUGUGUAUCAUUUGACCAUUUCAACAAGGGAAUAUUUUUCAAUAACACCUGCAUCAACAUUUGAGCAAAAGCGUUUCAGAGGAAAGUAUUCGACAUCCAUUCCAAAACAUUGUCAAAUAUCGGCAGUUGUCACAGUCUUCACUCAACUACAUAUUGAGAAUUAAAAGAAAAACAGAGUAAAUUAUUUUUCUACCCAUCUCUGUGAAGCCAAGAGCUAUAUUGCAAAAUAUUUUUUUUAUUUUAAUUGAAUCUGAAUUGGAUAGACAUGACCCGAAGAUAAAUAUAAAUGUGGUGAUUCCAGUAUUUAAUUGCUUGUAUUUGAGUAAUAAUAGUUGUUUUUUUUUAUCUUUCUGUUUGUUGUGAAAAACCAUUGCUCAUCAUUUGUGGCAUUUAUGCCCUUGUCUAAUGUUGAGUGAACAAAUGACACAUUCACAUUCACAUUCUGCCAUGUCAAAGAGUUGAGUCGUCCAGAAUCAGUUGAGAGACUUGACCUUAUGACCUGACAAUGAGCUGCAUCAGCAAUAUGACAAAGGCAUCAGCGAGGCAUUCAAGAAGUGUCUGAGAGAGCGGGUGCAACUGCUUUAACCAGUACUAUCACAGUGACGGUUCUCCACCCUCUCCUUGACCCUCACAAGCUAUUUAAAACAUUUAUGAUGCGUAACUAUUAUGUUAUUUUUGAAUGUACUAUCAGUGCUAUUAUUUAAAAGAGAACAAAACCUUUUGUACAUUUUCUUUUGCAGACGUGAAGGAAAUCCAGCCGUCUUGUGACUACGCAUCAUUUCAUUCACUCUCAAACCUAACUUAAAAGAGAUAUUUAAAUAGCAGUAACAUGGUGUAUUUAAUCUUCCGAUUAUUUAAGAUACCUGCACUACAAAAACACACAGCAAACUGAAACUCUGCCUCUGAGAUGAAGUUCAAAGCUUUACAUCCGUACCAAUGUGUUGUGUAUCAAAAGACAAGUCUGUGUUAUCUCAGCUGCCACGUUCAUUUCGGUGUACAACAAUAUGAGUGGUGUCACUGUUCGCAGCUCGACUAACAAUUCAAACUCUGUGUAUCGUAGCUACUGAAGUGUGUAACAACAGGUGUCUUUGCUAGUUGUUGUCUGCAUGUGUCAAGUAAAAUAAGAAGUCAAAAACUAGUGGAAAAACUGGGACUUCAGUGCCUUUCGAACCGGAGCAAGUGACAAGCUUAGUCAUUGUUUUUCAGUGUUGCAUUUUCUCUCUAAGUGGAAACAGUUAAGAAACAGCUUGUAAAAUGUUUGACAAUGUACCUCUAAUAAACAGAGCAAACGGCAAAACUGCUGCACCGGUUUCCUCUGGCAGUUUCAUUCACCGUCAGACACGAGUUUCCAUUUUCAGGGAGGGGAAAGAAGACAGCAGUCCCACGGGGCGCACAGAUACAAGCAGAUUUGUGUGUAUGACAACGAUGGAAGUGGUUCCAAUUUGACUAUUAAACACCAAUAUUUUUAAAAGAUUUAGAUAGUUGGAGAGGUUUUCUGAGGUCUCAGCCCCCAAGUCUCACACAUGCUGCAGAUAUUGAAGAACAGAAAAGGAAAUGCAUUUACGUUCUUAAUGGUAUUUUGGUUCCUGCAUUGUACUAAAUCAAAUAGAAAUACACCUAUUUUCCACCAUGCAUUUGAGGGGGUCAGCAGUCCAAUAAAGAGGCAGAGACACCUCCUUCCAGAAACAGCUAUUCCGCUAAUGCUAUGUGAAUGUAUGCAGUUUAUAAUGGAUGUGAUCCAAGGCCCGGUCCCAGUUGGACACAUGCAGAACACCUCACGCCUCCUGAACUGGCUUCUCUGGACGGACUGGUCCCCCAGUUCCACUCUGAGCCUCACUGUAUCUCAAACA